CUCGUCGUCAUCAUCGUCGUCAUCUUCGAGCGACUCGUCGGCAUCCUCAAGUGGCUCAUCAACAUCGAGUGACUACGAAAGGCGUGCCAAGCAGAAGCACCAUCGGAAGCACCAUCACAAGGGUAGACAGCGUGCAGAAAAUAUGGUCAUAUCGAAUUUCCAAGCGGAUGCUGCUGGCGUCCCAGCUGGGGCUAUUUCUCUUCUCGCACCUGGAGGCCACCAGCUUCGCCUCGAUCCGCGCUACCUUCCGACGGUAACGCCGGGCGCUUCUGCAAUCGACAUAAUUCAAGGAACGGGCGCUGCAGCUCCUCCAGGAAC